CCCACACUAUCUUGAUUUAUCCCCCAUCUAUCACUUCCCCACCAUACAUAUAACCAACCCUAAAAACACUCCAUCACAGAGGUAGAGACUCGAGAGGAGAUCGCUCACCAAUGGCUUGUUCAUCUGCUUCAGCUGCUCUUCUUUCUUCUACAAACCCUAGAAACUCCUCUUACAUUUCCCCCAAAUCAUCAUCCAAUCUUUCUCAAACCCUAAGUUUUUCCAACUCUUCCUCCAUCAACUUCCGAUCCAAGUCCCUCCGCUCCAACCUCCUCGCUCGCGCUUCUACCACCCGUCGCAGUGGAUUCGUUGUCAAAGCGGGACUACCACUGGUUGGAAAUGUCGCACCAGACUUCGAAGCAGAAGCUGUUUUUGAUCAAGAGUUCAUCAAGGUUAAGCUCUCUGACUACAUUGGGAAGAAAUACGUGAUUCUCUUUUUCUACCCUCUCGACUUCACUUUUGUUUGCCCAACUGAAAUCACUGCUUUCAGUGAUCGACAUGCUGAAUUUGACAAGAUAAACACUGAAAUUUUGGGUGUUUCUGUCGACAGUGUGUUCUCCCAUCUUGCAUGGGUUCAAACAGAUAGAAAAUCCGGAGGCCUUGGUGAUUUGAACUAUCCAUUGGUUUCUGAUGUCACCAAAUCAAUUUCAAAAGCUUUCAAUGUUCUGAUAGAAGAUCAGGGAAUCGCAUUGAGAGGGCUUUUCAUAAUUGAUAAAGAAGGUGUUAUUCAGCAUUCCACAAUCAACAAUCUUGCAAUUGGGAGAAGUGUAGAUGAAACAUUGAGAACACUUCAGGCAUUGCAAUUUGUACAAGAGAACCCAGAUGAAGUAUGCCCAGCUGGAUGGAAGCCAGGGGAGAAGUCAAUGAAGCCAGAUCCUAAACUCAGCAAGGAAUACUUUGCAGCAGUAUGAUUGGGUACCCUUGUGAAAUUGGAUUAUGAGAGUAUUUUUUUUUUCGGGGUAAUAAAACUUGUGGAACUAUUAUAUGUUAAUGUUAAAAAGUUUUAUUAUAAUUAAUGGGAUGC